CACUAUUUGACUUUCUCCCCUCAGACGGCGCACAUAAACAAACCCGCGUUACAAACCCCACACUUUACAAAGCACCUAACAGCACCGACACAGUCAGCUCACGGGAGCGGACGCAGACGCACUCCUUACACAGGGGAGUUUGCUUGUUCUUUUUUUUAUUAUCGUUUUUUACUUUUCUACUUUGUGUACCACUUUACAAAAAGUAAGUCGAAGAAACUUUUUUGUUGUUUUUUUUAUUAUUAUUAUUAUUGACGCUUCCUCGACACUGAGAGAUUUUUUUUUUCAAUUAUUUUUUUUUCUGUUCACUCGUCAACUCUGGGUGAUUAUUCUGGAUGGACGUAGGAUAUUUCAUGCGAGGUUAUUACCACAUGUAAAGACGGAACCGCUACAGCAAACCAGCACAGGUUCGGAAGAGCGCGCCCAGCCGAGCUCGGAGCCCCGGCGAUCGGACACUCCCUCUACGACAACCGCCGAGUCCUCCUCGCUCCAGGAGCCCUGUCCCGGCCGCAGCCACGCCACCCCUAAAUCCCGGACACCCAGCACCAUUCAGCGCGAAGCUCUUUCACCAGAUCUAUGGCAUUCUGACAAUGAACAAGCGCACUCAGUUAUUGGAACAGCUGCAGUUUGUCCAGUUGAAAUGCACACCUCGAGACAUGCCCUGUGUGCAGGCUCAGUAUGGGCCCGCCCCUCCAGGCUCUGCCUACUCUGGCCAGUCCUUCAGUUACCAGGGUGACAGCUACGGCUCUGACCUCAUGACCUCUGACUACACCAAGCUGGAGCUGGGUGGAGGCGAGAUCUCCGCCGCCGCCACCACCUCCCUCCCUAGCUUCAAUGUCUUUGUGGAGGGAAGCUAUGAGCCCAAGUCCUCCUGCCUCUACCAGAUGCCUUCACACAGGCCCACUAUCAAAAAGGAGGAUGAGAGCUACCCGACAGCCCCGCCGCUGGAGGCCAUGACCUCCUCCUCCAUGUACUUUAAACAGUCUCCCCCAUCCACCCCAACUACUCCGUCUCUGCCGCCCCAGCCUGGCACCUCCUUCCUGUGGGAAGAGCACCCCCUGGCUCCUCCGUCGCACCCUCACUCUCUGGGCUCCAGCCUGGAGACGGGCCCCCUCAAGUCCACUCGAUUUCCGCACUUCUACCAGCACUCGCCGCCCCACAGCGGCGGCAGCGUCAGCGGCUACGAGAGCCUCGGGGGAGGACUGGUUCGCACCUCUUCUUCUUCAUCCUCCUCCUCCUCGUCAGUCUCCCAUCCUCACGGCCCACCCCUGGACCAGCCCAUGUACCAGCUGCAUCGCGGGGCCGGGAGCAGCAGCCUCGCUUUCCGCUCUUUGGCUCUCGGGCCUUGUGGGCCACUACUAGGAGACAGCCUGCCCUCACCUCCUCCGCGCGGGCCCCAAGGAGAGGGAACCUGCGCCGUGUGCGGGGACAAUGCGGCGUGCCAGCACUACGGCGUCCGCACUUGUGAGGGCUGCAAAGGCUUCUUCAAGCGCACCGUGCAGAAAAACGCCAAGUACGUGUGUCUGGCCAGUAAAAACUGUCCUGUGGACAAAAGGAGACGCAACCGCUGCCAAUACUGCCGCUUUCAGAAGUGCCUGAGUGUGGGCAUGGUCAAGGAAGUGGUGCGUACUGACAGCUUGAAGGGGCGUCGAGGUCGUCUGCCUUCCAAACCAAAGAGCCCCCUGCAGACUGAGGCGUCUCCUCCUUCUCCACCCCUCAGUCUUCUCUCCGCUCUGCUCAGGGCUUAUUCCCACUGCACACCCCGUGAACUUGACUACAGCCAGUUUAGUGCUGCCGACCCACCCACCCCCUCCUCGGACGCAGAGGAUAUCCAGCUCUUCUACAGGCUUCUCACCAUCUCGAUGGAGACCACGCGGUGCUGGGCCGACCGGCUGCCGGGCUUCUCUGAACUCCAGCGCGAAGAUCAGAACCUGCUCAUAGACUCUGCCUUCCUUGAGCUGUUUGUCCUGCGAUUGGCUCACAGGUCGAUGCUGUCGGAGGAUAAACUAGUGUUCUGUAACGGCUUGGUACUGCACAGGUUCCAGUGCCUUCGUGGGUUCGGAGAGUGGCUGGACUCCAUCCGGGACUUCUCCACCCACCUCCAGAGCCUAAACCUGGAUGCCUCUGCCUUCGCAUGCCUGGCCGCCCUCGUACUGCUCACAGAGCAAGUCCCGGGACUGAAGGACUCAAAGAGGAUCGAGGAGCUGCAGAAUAAAGUGAUCUGUUGUCUCAGAGACCACCUGGGCUGCGGCUCUUCGUCCUCCUCGUCCAAGGCUGUGCCUCCUCUGAGCCGUAUUCUGGGGUUAAGGGCAGAGCUCCGUUCCCAGCGGACCCAGGGCCUUCAACGAAUCUUCUACCUGAAGCUGGAGGACCUGGUACCGCCCCCACCGUUGAUUGACAGGUUCCUGGACACUUUGCCGUACUGACAGCCCGGGGACCACGCAGAGAAAAAACAAAAACCACGUCAUGUCCUGUUCAGGCCUUUUUCCCUAGGAGCAUGCACACACACACAGAAGAGCGACACACUCCCUUCUGACUGAUGCAGAGCAGGGGGAGCCCGUCAAAUGCUUCUCUCUCUCACUCAACAGGGCAACCAAACAAGAGCGCCUUUCACUCAAACGGACAGUCAACUAAAAAAUGCUUUUCACCUGUAUAAAAGACAAUUACUCAAACGCUUUACUACUUUUUAUUUAAUCCUCCUGUUCUUCUCACGCGGGGGAGGAUGAUGAAGUUGAGAUGGACAACCGAACAAUGACUCUUUACUGUCCUCUCUCCGUCUGGGUGGCAACUUUUUCUGAAAAACAAAAAAAAACAAAAAAAAACAACAACAAACAAACAUACAAAGUGACAGAACCAAUGUUUAUGCGUACUGUUUAUCGGUGUUUCGGCCCGGCUCGCUCAGUCUGAGGACUGCUCACUUUAGCAAAGAGAAGAAGGAGAGGUGUCGGUGUGAAGGAGGUUUUUCAAAGCUGUCGCAGUGAAACACAAGUUAGCUCUUGUUGACAGCGGGAACGAGGCGGUUUCGUGCUGAAAUGUCAAAGGUCAGGCAACACGAGCGUAGACUGUCAUAAACAUUGCGCAGAUAUGUCAUAAACACACGGAAGUGGCUGUUGAGGUGGGCUCUUGAUUACAAGUGCAAUUUCUUAAGUGCUAUCUCACAACAUAAAGGAAGAGACGGAGGAGGAACAGCCCAACAUCAAACUCUAAAUUAUUUUGAUACGAAGACUGCUCAGUAGCUAAAAGGAAGAGACGGUCUCCAUCUGACUUUAGGCAGCAGAGGAGGUACUGUGCACUAACGAUCGUUGACUGAGUCACCCAGACUUGAACUUGCUCUACUAUGUUGUUUUCUUUUUGUUGUUUUUUUUUAUUAACUCGUUUUGAAAUCAUAGGUCGAGUGGAGUAUGGAGGAAUGAACAUGGACAGAAAUUGGCUUUUGAAGCACUUACACCCUGAGAAGGGCUAGAAGCACAGACACACACCCUGCCCGGCGAGCGGAGGGUGCUCGACAGAUAGCUGUACUUCCAGGAGUGAAACAUUCCACAUUCAUGCUCUUUUUCUUUUUCAUUUCUAUUGUGGAGUCUGUGUGACAGUGUGGAGGACACGGCUGCGUACUGUCUUUGUGUGUACGCUUAGAGAAGGCAGGAUCAUAUGCAUGGUGUGUUAUAAGCUGUCAAGAGCUGCCAUAGCCUGUCAAAACAGCUCAACCUGUGUUUGUGUCUCAGACUGCUGCUCUAUGGGGAUCUCCCCGGGCCUCCACCACCCACUCACACACUCACAAGAGCAGUUUUAAAAUGAAAAAAGCAAAAUUAUAUAGAUAUAAAUAUAAAUAUAUAUAUAUAUAUAUAUAAAUAUAUAUAUAUAUACAAAACUAAUAUUUUGAAGUGUUUUUAGCUUUUUCAAAUAUUGUGGUACGAGUUGUGCAUUGUUUUUUGAAGAAGAGAAACAAAAAAGAAAAAAAAGUUUCUGUCUUUCUUUGGUUUCUUUGAGUUUCCUGUUCAAUUUUUUUUCUUUCUCUUUGGUUCACUGGAUUUUUCUGUUCAGCACUUUGAAAUCAUAAACUAGUUCUGAUUAUUCUGA